AUGUCUCAAUCCGUCGAGUAUACCAUUAAAGAUGCAUCGGCUGACGACUUUGGGAUGAGCUACAGCGAGGGUGCUGAUACUAUGAAAUGGCCCCGGCCUUAUCGUUCGUACCGGAGUCAUACAGCGUUUAACGAAAUGGAGCUGGCUAGGAUUGCCGACUUCGCCGAGUUGAAGUCACCAGAUGGGAAACUUGUUGCACACACGGCAACAUUCCAGCCGUUUCAGGAGCCCAAACUCGGUGCCAAGCCGAGCGAAGACCGGCUUGUAUUCCAGAUUUGGGAUCUGCCGUCCGGGAGCUGGCACUUUGCCGCUGUUUUCGACGGUCAUGCUGGGAAGGAGAUUGCUGAAUAUGCUCAUCUUGAGCUACCAGCCCGUGUUCGACGCGCUCUACAGCCUCUCGAUAUCACCAAUGCCGAACCUCAAUUAAUUUCUGAUACCCUUACAAAGACCAUCGAAGACUUCGACAAAUCGAUUGCGGACGACCUUAAAGCACUUCUGCCAAGAGACUUUGAGAAGCUUGACGAUGAUUCCCUGAAGAAGCUCGUCAACGACCAAGACGCUGGCAGCAAGGUGUAUGACGCGUGUAUUCGAUGUAUGCGUGGAAGCACCGUCAUUAUAGCAUUGAUCGAUCGCUCAAGGCAGAACUUAUGGGUCGCGAACCUUGGGGACUGCCAAGCCACCCUUGCAGAGUAUCCGAUCGGAAGACCUGAUGACUUCAAAGCGACGUCGUUGUCUUCUCCUCACAAUGCACGUGUUGACAAGGAAGUUAAACGGGUCCAAUCAGAACACCCUGGAGAGGAAGGGGCAAUACUCAACGGACGUGUACUUGGAGCCUUGGCAGUUACUCGGGCUUUGAGUGACUUUACUUUCAAGCUCCCACCUGUUUACUCGACCAAGUUAUUCCUACAUGCUAAUCCUGGUUACCGAAUGAGCUCCAAGGUACAUGAUUUCUUACCGCGUAGUCUGACACCUCCAUAUGUCUCUGCAACACCAGAGGUCGUACAUCGUACAUUGAAGAACGUAACGGACACUGGCGAGGAAAUAAAAUACUCACUUGUACUCUGCUCUGACGGACUAACCGACCUUUAUUACUCGCGUGAUUGGACAAUGGAAGGCGCUGCGAGGCAAAUUGCACGAAUCUGCGUCAAAUCGAAUGGUGAAGAAUGGCCGGGUCUUAAAGGAAACCUUGCGCUCCAUUUGUCAAAGGACGCAAUAGGCGAUGACCUUGAGCAGCAGUGCAGGAACCUUACCGUCGACUUGGACUACCAGCACUUGGACGAUACCACGACGGUCGUUCUUUCUUGGUGA